AUGUCGACCAGAGGUAGUGGCGUUCAUCCACCCUCCAGCUUUAAGGAUGUCUUUCAACGGAAUGCCGGACUUCAGCCCACAAGACGUCGAUGCCGAACGAUUGGCAUUCCGAUGCAGGCUUUUAUCGCCGACAAGCAAUUCAGAAUUGGUGAUGGUGGAUAUUCAAGUGUCUAUGUUGGUCUCAUGAAGGAUGGGACUGAAGUUGCUGUUAAGAAAAUGAUCGUACAAAAGUGUGAUGAAAUAGCUGAAAACGAAAGGGAAAUUAUGAGUCUUGUUAAAACAAGCGACUCACCAUUUAUAGUGAGUUAUCGACAUUUUUACCGUGACGAUACCUUCAUAUAUCUAUUUCUUGACCUUUGCGAGGAAACCUUGAGGCAACUUGUUCAUGCAUCCAGUAUUGAACAUCUACAAGAGCAUGGUCCACGAAUGAUUAAGGAAAUUCUAUCAGGACUUGAAUUUCUUCAUGGUAAAAGAAUGUUGCACAGAGAUCUAAAACCAUCAAACGUCCUGGCUGAUAUCGAGGGUCGCAUGAAAUUGGCAGAUUUUGGAUUAAGCAGCGUUCUAAGAGACGAUGAAACUACAGUUGAAACAGAAGCUAAAGGCACUCACGGAUGGAUGCCAACAGAAGUAAUUGAAGCAAUAGAAAAAAAAGAAAAAGGUCCUUUCAAAAAGAAAUCGGAUGUCCAGGUAGCGGGUAUGAUUGCUUUCUUUAUCUUAACAAAAGGUGGACACCCUUUUGGUCAAUCUUGGUUUGAACAAAUGAAAAAUAUUUUGAAAGGAAACUCUGUCAAUUUAAAGAAACUUGGUGAUCGUAAAGCUCGAAAGUUUGUGUCGUGGCUGAUUCGUCACAAGAUUGAUAAGAGACCAUAUGCUGAGGAAGCGCUGUGGGACUCUUUCAUCAAUAACGAUUGA